CUAUCAAUAAUUCCGCGGUUGCGCUGCCUCACUGUUUUUCAAUUCAAACUAAAUUCGCCCGUCGCCUUAAAAAUAGCAUUUAAACCUUAUUCCGCGGAACAAUUUUGACAAAAAUCAAGAUGGAAACACCGCGCGGAAAGCAACGUAAUUUGCAUGUGAAGACCAUUCAGAGCAUAAGCACACCAGUUCGCUUACCGCCAUCAACAAUGCUGAAGACCCUGGGCUAUGGCACCGGCGUUCAAGUUUAUCUACUGGAUCGUUCACCCCGCCUCGGCCAACCACGCUCACCGUGGGCAAUCAAGAGUAUCACCAAGCGUUCGCUGGCACAAAAGGAUCAGAAUAUCAGCGAGCGCAUUAUCCAUGAGGCGGACAUCUUGCGCAAACUAAAGCAUCCCAACAUUGUUGGCUUCCGCGCCGAAAUCCCAUCGGAGGAGGGCGCCCACAGCCUGGCCCUGGAGAUGUGCAACACCUCGCUGGGCUCGAUACUGGAAAUGCGCUUCGACGACGAGGAGGGACGCCUGGACUCUGACAAAAUCUUCAAAAUGAUGCUGGACGUUACCAAGGGGCUGGACUAUCUGCACACCGAGGCCAAGUUGCUGCACGGCGACAUCAAGUCCUUCAAUGUGCUCGUGAAAGGCGAGUUUGAGAUCUGCAAACUGUGCGACUUUGGCGUGUCUCUGCCACUGGAUGAGAACAAUGAGGCGAAGAGCAGUGGCUACGUGGGCACCAGUCCGUGGUCCGCACCCGAGGUGAUUGACUGCCAGGACACAAUUGACAGCAAGGCUGACAUCUUCAGCUUUGGCCUUGUCAUCUACGAGACUUUGGCCCUCGUGCCGCCGCAUACACUGCCGCUGGACUAUGUCGACGAGAGCAUGGAUGGCUACGACGCCAGCAUCGAGAUGAACAGCUCCGAAGAGCUGUCGCUACCGGAGACGGACGACAUGGAGGACAUGGAGGACGAUCAAGAGCUGCGUAACAUGGAGUCGGCAUUUGGCACACGACCACCGCUACCGCAGGCCUUCGAACUAACCGAAGACUACAACACCAUUGUCGAGCUUUACUACCUGUGCACGAAUGCCUUAAGCGAGGAUCGCCCCUCGGCGCGCACCAUUCUGGAGUGUCUCGAGAAUAAUGCGCCCGCUCCCGCGCCCAGCGUUUAAGCGAGCUGAGCACCAAGCACCAACCGCAUCUAAUCUUCCACCACGUUUGGCAUUUAAUGUUAGCCAUGAAACCUGAGAGUCGCUUCGGAAGUUGCGUGAAUGUUGAGCACUUGCGGACGAGCGUAAAAGCCACAAAUAUCCUUACCUUGAUUAUAAUUAGCGUGUAAAAAUGAUGAAACAAUUGUGGGACCUGCCCUCAGCCACAGUCUCCUCCCUCGCAAACUCAUUUAAAGGCGAUUUCUGACAAAGAACAAUAAGGAAAUAGUUCUAGAUUACAUUCCUCAGACAAUGACUGCUAAAUGUUCAGCUGAAACCCGAUUCCUUCUGUAAACUUGUGGAAUUCUCCAGACUCCCAUAACGAAUAACAAAUUGUGCUUCGAGUUUCGAUUACACUUUUCUUAGAUUUAUUACAAAAUAAUAAUACAUA